CUCAUUGUUACAAGCGAAAAGCCUUCCAGUGUAAGCCCACGAGGACCUCUAUCACAUGUUCGAAUUGGACCUGCCAAGCUUGGACAAGUCUAAACUGUGUGACACUUGGACUCAUUUACUCGAAAUCUUUGACUCCAAGGCCGCAAUCGGUGCAUCUCAAGUGAGAGAAGGAAUCAGAAAGAGAAAUUGGAGGUGAAGAGUACAAGGCCAGAGGACUGAACUAGUAGUACCUUGGUCUUCUGACUUAUAUAGAGCUGGAGAAAACUUAACUAGGAGGUGACAUAUCGUACCAGAAAAGCUUUGUGCGACCAUUGGAUCUCACUUUCACUCGCUGCCAACACUCCUCAAGCUUUGUUGGCACCAACUUGAGCAUACCUCACGAUGAACCUCAAAACCUCGGGGCAUGCCGAGUCAACACUGGAUAUCUGGAAACGACUGCGAGACUUGAAGAACGGCAAAGAGAAGAUCAUUCUUAAUGGCGACAAUCUCGACAUUGCUUCUCUCGUCGCAGUCGCUCGCCAUGGUAUCAAGCCUGAGAUCAGCAAAGACGAGGAGCUCGCGCGCCGCAUCGCUCUCAGUGUUGACGCACUAGCUGAGUAUCUGUCACACAAAUACGUAGUAUAUGGUGUCAAUACAGGUUUUGGAGGCAGUGCAGAUGUUCGAACUGACGAUUGGUUGGAGAACCAAAUCGGCUCUCUUCAACAUACGCAGAGUGCCAUUAUCACUUCUGCUGACACGAAUCCCGGCAGCAAUUCCGAGAGAGAGCCGCCUCACGUCAUGCCCCCUGAAUGGGUUCGAGGAGCUAUACUUACUCGAGCGAACCAGAAUAUGCGUGGACAAAGCGCUGUUAGGCUGGAAGUAUUGGAGAGAUUGAUUAACCUGCUUCACCGCGAUAUCACCCCUCUGGUUCCUAUUCGAGGUACGAUUUCAGCGUCUGGCGAUCUUAUGCCUUUAUCUUACAUCGCUGGAGCGGUCACUGGAAACCCGGAUGUGUUUGUUCAAGUUGGUAAAGGGUCAUCGGCCAAGGUGAUGCCUUCAGAUGAAGCUCUACGGGCUAGUGGUCUCUCGCCAAGCGGUCUUGGACCAAAAGAAGCUCUCGGUCUCAUCAAUGGAACUGCUCCAUCUGUAUCCGUUGCAAGUCUAAUCCUCCAUGAUGCACAACAGCUGGCUGUGCUUGCUCAGUUAUUGACAGCAUUUGCAUCCGAGGCCAUGGGCGGCAAUGUUGAGUGGACUACCCCUUUUAUCCAUGCUGUACGACCACACCCUGGCCAAAUUGAAGCCGCUGCCAACAUAAGAAGCUUUCUCAAAGGUUCGGAAUUCGUCGUUGGAUUAGAUGAACGCAAGAGAACUGGUGAUGGUCUUUGGCAAGAUCGAUAUUCUACUCGCACAAGUCCUCAAUGGAUUGGUCCUUAUCUAGAGGACUUACUUCUCGCCCAGAGACAGAUCUCGGUGGAACUAAAUUCGACGUCCGACAACCCCUUGAUCGAUGCAUCAGAGAAAGAUGGAAAAGUGGUUGGUGAUGUAUACUCAGGAGGAAACUUCCAGGCAGUUGUUGUAACUUCUGCCAUGGACAAGACACGGCUUGCUCUUCAGAUGAUUGGGCGCAUGCUCUUCUCUCAGGUCAGCGAGAUGAUCAACCCCUCGACUAACAAUGGCCUCGAAGCCAACCUCAACAUUAGUGAUAAGGAGAAUUUCACCAUGAAGGGCAUCGAUGUAAACAUGUCUGCAUACAUGUCCGAGUUAGCUGCCCUAGCCCACCCAGUCUCGUCUCACGUCAUGUCCGCGGAGAUGCAUAACCAGGGGAUCAAUUCGCUCGCUCUGCUUUCAGCUCGACGAACCAUGGAGGCUGCUGAUCUUGUCACGCAUAUGUGUGCUUGUCACAUCUACGUUUCAUGCCAAGCAGUCGAGCUUCGGGCGACACAUCGACUUUUCUUAGACACACUCCGCGAAAAAGAGCUGCUAAACAAAAUGGAGAAUGGACCUUUCCAUGCUUUUGGCCUCGACGAUGCCGCUAUCGAGAGAAUCAGUGAGGCUGUUUUCGCCGUCAUCGAGCGGGAGUGGUUUGACCACAAUAUCGGUUGCUGGAAGGAUCGCAUCAUACCCACCGUCGAUGCUGUAAUGGCACCCGUUACGCAAUUCCUGACUGCCGAGAAGAUCGAUUGUCCGAUAUCUAGUCUUGCUGUAUUCCGUGGCCAGUUCCACAAAGCGGUCGUGGAUACUGCUUCUUCCAUCUUCUACCCUAACAUGGCGAUACGCUCUGUCGACGUAGCUACCAAACUAGGUGACGGAACUGCUCCACUGUAUACUUGGGUUCGAUCCAAGUUGGAAGUCCCGACACAAUGUGGUCUUGAUGAUGAUCCCCUAUACAAUGUACACAAAGGCCUUCCAACUGAGGGCAAGAAGACUAUUGGUAGCUGGGUGAGCAUGGUGUACGAGAGUGUCAGAGGCAAUAUGAUGGAUGCUAUCAUGGAGGGCAUCGAGACUGAACGUUCAGCACCCCGGUCAGUUGAAGAAUACGAGAAGCUCUGUCAGGAUCUGAGGCAAACCGAGUAGGGGGUCGAAUGAAAAUUGGGGGUUGGAGGGCCAACCAGUACAAUAGAGACUUUGCUCAGAAAUGGCUGACUGAAAAGAUGUAAAAUAGCGGCUUCGAAUGUGCCUAGUUUAGACAAUACAAUCUCAGCUCAUCAUUAUUGACCGGGUGUGGUACAUACAACGAAAUCAAAACCGAGC